UUGACGUGAUUGGUGGAUGUUCCUGUUCAUCUGGGGCUUGCCGCGACACAUCGCGGUGGUUACUUUGUAUCGCAGGCUUACCAUAAUGUGAGCCUUUUAGUGUUUUGUUAUUAUGUAGGCAGCAAAUACCCUGCAUUCAAAGCGGCCAUGGGGAGCCAUGGGGAGAGGUUCCCCCGAGCCUUCCAGGCGCCGGUGGACGUCCACGCCAGCGCAGAUGGCCAGGUGUACGUCUUCAGGGGCGCGCGGGAUGACUCCGCCGAGUCCUCGGAGGAGGAGCUGGGCAUGGUGCAGCGGAGGCCCCGCGGGUGCAGGUCCGGGCAGGGGCAGGAGCAGGCGCGGGUGGGGGGCGUCCUGCUGCUGGAGCGGCCUGUCUCCCACGGCGACAGCCUCAACAAGCUGGCCCUGCAGUACGGCUGCAAGGUAGCCGACAUAAAACAGCUGAACAACCUGAUCCGUGAGCAAGACUUGUAUGCCUUGAAAUCCAUCAAAAUCCCAGUGAAGAAGCACGGCCUUCUAACGGAGCUGAACAACAAGCUGAUUUCCCCGCACCCAGAAUCCCACCUGCCUUCCUCCCAGGGCACCGCCACACCACAUCUCCCUGAUUAUGCUGACUUCCUCAAAGAGAUCGACCGUGACAUCGAGAGGCUCAUUCAGACCACGGACAGCCAGGACGAAGUGCCAUCCAGUGGCCCGGGGGUCCCACAGCAGACACCCGGGGCUGGCUCUUCACACAGCCAUGGGGCGGACUGGGGCAUCCAAUGGUGGAACGCUGUGGUUCUCAUGCUUUUAAUCGGGGUCAUCCUGCCUCUCUUUUAUGUCGUUUACUACAAAACGCAGGACAAAGUGAUACAUCCACUCGAGAGCAUGGUCAACACCUCCAUGUCUACCUCAAAUGGCACUGAGACAAACGGCAGCUUGCUCAGCCACACGCUUCCCUCUCAGUAGGGAAAUGAGGAAGGGAAAAAGAGCUGCUCUGGACCUGAUGAUCAUCAUGAUUAUGAUCAUGGCAGAUCUCCUACAUGUGGGAUUUAUUGCCACAAUGUCAGUCAGCCUUCCCCAUAUUACUAACGGAAAGACGUUUGCAUUCAUAUAAUUGUCCUUUAAAAAAAACACCAUUUUUGCCUUCUGUGUGCAUUUCCUCUAAUUUGUCCACUUGUCUACAGCUUUUGUCUUUGUUAUGGUUCUAGCUCUUUAUAUCACCCGGCACGCAGCCUUGAGUUUUCUUUAGUUUUUUUUAAAUUAUUAUUAUUAUUAUUAUUAUUAUUAUUAUCUUUAGCCAGCAUACUGUUCAUCUGUGGCAAUAGGUAAGUUCCGACAUUUCUUUAGGAUGCAUAAAGACAUUUUAAGCUAAAAUAGUCUAGAGCCACCCAAGCUGGGGCAUUUUUGAGCCACUAAACGAUCAGAUGAUUAAAACACCAGUGUGAAAUGUCAUAAACAAGGUGAUGCUUCCACAUCCCUACCUACGUCCUUUGCUGUAUAGGACUUUCUUCAGUUAUUCUAAUAAGCUGGUAUUUUAUAUGAAAAACAGUUGCACCUUUGCAACUUGAGUAAACUAAAUAGUGCUGAGCAUUAAGGGAUGUCCUGUACGGUGUGGUGAUGCUAGAAUUAAGAUUUCCCUACUUUCUAAACUCAUUUAGUGCUUCCGAAAAGAGGUUGGGCCGCUACUUUUAUAUUUUUACAGAAAACAGUGGAUCUCUGUUAAUAAUGCCCUUAAAAAGUAUUGGUAUUUUCGGCUUUAAUGAUACAGUAGCCAGGUUGACUUUACAAAGCCAAUAACGUUGAACCAAUGUGGAAAAUUCUGUAAUUAUGCUUUUUUUAUAUAUAUUAAACCUUUUUUAAAUGAAUUAUACAGUAAGGGAAAUGCCAUAACCCAUUUUGAUCUGUAUGAUAUGGGCCUAUGUAAAUAAUUUGUCUGUACUUCGUGAUAAUAUUAUUAUUUAUCUAUAUCUGUUUUCUCCAUAACUUAUUUCAUGGGAAAAAUUGCAGUUUUAUUUGUACGAUAACGUGUAAGAUGCCGCUUGUCAGACGUAUUUGACCUUUCACUAGGGUGUGGCUCAGUGAUAUAUUGCCCUUGGCAUUAGGUGCUUCAGCACCUUUAAGUACAGGUGUUUUUAACUGCAUGUUGUAAUCUGAGUGACCAUCUGAGUUAAUUUAUUUAACCUGAGUUCAUUCAUAUUGCUGCGUGGGAGAAUUUUUGCUGUCCGAUAAGAAUCACAUGUGCGGUGACAGUGAUCGACGCGGGAUUCAGAUCCGGUUUCGGUUGCCUGGCUUCCCCUCCUGAAGCUGACGUCAGCUUCCAGGUAUGUCAGGUUUUUCUCUUAUAAAGCGCCUUUCUGUAUGGAUUAUGCAGUACUGAUUUAUCUGGCUCUAAGCUGAACAUAAGACGUCUUUUCAUUCAGCAAAUGUGGAUGACAAAUCGUGAUAUUCAUGGUUGCUUCUUUGGCCUCACGUGUUAGGAUCUCAGUGCAUUACUGCUCUUAUUCACAGGCACUUUGAUUUCUUGUAUAUGUUUCUUGUAUAUGUAACAAAACUAGUAUUGUUUUUUAAUUAAAUCUGGAUUGACUGGACUCGCUAAUCAAUUCUCAAAAACACGUAAUUAUCAUGUGAUCUUAUUGCAAUUAAAUGACUUUUGAUGGAAUUUCUGUAAACGGUUCGGUUUAUGUUUACUCUUACCUUUAAAUUUAUUCAGUUAUUUUCAAGAAACUUAUAGCAUUUUUCUGUGGAUUAAAGAUUAUUUUAGUGGUACAAUCUUAUCACACUGCAAUUGAACUGCGGAUGUGGAAUAUGGGCCUAUUGUAAAAAUAUUCAUGAUACACCAAUGAUGCUUCAUUUAGUUUUGUUCUUUGGCAUCAUGUUUAAUGCCUCUGAUCUCAACAGCUCUUACCUCUCUGUGAUUAUGUGCCAAACUAAUACUUGGUAUGUAAAAUAAUUUUAAUACAGAAGGAAAAAAGAAUGUCAGUUUCUUAACAGUGCAGUAAUUCAUAUUCACGUUAAUACAGAAAAUGAGAAUUCAGACGAAAAUACCACGUUUGUAACGUCUGAAUAGUUUUUCUAUUAAAGUUUUUCUGACGUUUGA